ACUUGGGGCAGUUUUCAUGAACACGAUCGCUGGUUAUUGUGUUGGAAAUUAAAAUGUGUAAUUGUAUGUAAACAAACUUUUUUACUAAGUGGAGCUAUUUACUCGUUAAAAAAAUUUAAUUAAAAGAUUAAUUAAUUAAUUAACAAAGUAAAAUGGAACCAUAUACUUUAGAACUAGACAAAUCAACGGGAAAAUACUUAACACUUUACUUAUACCAAGAUGUCAAAAAUAUGCCGGAAAUACGUAAAAAAAUAUUAGCAAGUGAGCUACACUGCUGUGUAUUAAAAGCAGCUCUAGUAGUAGAUCCUUUUCAAGUGGCAGUAGCAGCCAACAAAGCUGUGUUAAAAGAAAAAGCCGGAACACUUGUUACCAAGUCAUUAUUCACGGAGAUCCUUUUCGCUAUGUCAUCUUCAACAAACAUCUCCUUGUCAUUGACCAAGUUCGGAGUUAAUGACAAUGAUAAGGAUAUUUUAAUAGGAUUAAUUCACCAUAAAAAUGACAGAGAUUCUAUGGCAGAAAAUAUUCUGUGUCACAUUGAUGGACAGAUGACUCCAAUCUCCCAGCUGGAUCAUGUAACAGAUGUUAAACUGUUGAAAAAAAUAUAUAAAAUCGAGGAUGAGGAGCUCAAGGUAUCCAGUCUAACGGACUCAAUCGUUAGUAGGAUAGGAGGAGAUUACCCAGUAUCAUUAAAAUAAUUGUUUAUCUAAUAUUUAUUAUGAAAUAAAAAUUGCGAUUUUA